GGUCCAGUGAAGGUGGUGUAGGUUCUCCUGUGGACCUGAUGUCAGACCCAGACUACAAAGGUCGUGUUCAGUACCUCUGUUACCCGACUGUCUGCACUCUGAGAAUCACAGACCUGAGAGAGAGCGACUCGUCUCAGUACAAGUUCACCUUCAGUACCAACCAUGGAGGAAGUCAUACUGGUUCACCUGGAGUCACUCUGUCUGUUACAGAUGCUCCUCAGUGUCUCUCUGUGUCAGUGAGUGCCUCUGGUGAGAUAGUGGAGGGCAGUUCAGUGACUCUGACCUGCAGCAGUGAUGCUAAUCCAGCAGCUAACUACACCUGGUACAAGCAGGAUGAGGAGUCUCCAACGGCUUCAGGACAGAACUUCACCAUCACUGACGUCAGACCUGAACACAGUGGAAAUUAUUCCUGUGAAGCUCAGAACAACAGAGGAAGUCAGAGCUCCAUGGUUCUUCUGACUGUGGUCAGACUCAAAGGACCAAGAAGAUCUGCAGCUGCUGCAGGAACCGCUGCUGUUCUCCUGCCACUCAUCUUCCUCUCUGUCUGUCUAUGGAUCCGGUGA